GCAUUAACUGCUACACGUUCCUCAAUAUGCCCAAUGUCACAUGAAAGUUGUGCAUGUGGAAAGCUUUUUCGAUAAAUAUGUUCGCUCGCUGUGUUUACGGAAUGAUGUAUAUUAAUAUUUUGUUCUAAAAAAAGUUUGUUUUCAAAAACAUUGUAUCAUUAUGCUACUUCUACCCACAUAGUGACGUCACCGCUUUUGCAUAAGAUUAAUUAAACAGAAGCUUUGGGUACUUUAUCGAUGCAUUAACCUGUUUGUAAUUUAGUUACAACCGUUAGUUUGUUACAUUUUGCAGCGACAUUGCACAAACGAACUUCUACGAAACAAUAAAUUGAACUAUAUACUUUCCAGAAAUCGUUCUGAAAUUAUCCUACAAAAAUAAAUUUAAUAAAACAAGUAACGUGUGUGCGUAAAUUUUUGGCAGCAAUUUUUGGUGGGAUUAGACAGCGUUUGGCAGUGAAGUAGAUGAUAAGAUUUGGUAACAAUCCCGUGUGUGCCAUUAUCUUUGUGACUUGUGACAUAGACAAAGCCCAAAUUGUCACACACAAGAUGAUCAAGCUGAGGUAUGAUCCCUAUUAUGGAAACAGGGUACUUUAUUACCCAGAAAGCAGAUACUACCACGACGACACGUUUGGAAGAUAUUGGUCACCAAAAUUCGCAUUUUCCAGACUUCCGAGAUAUUGGCCCAUUUAUAUGAUAGAUCUAUGGCCCACGGAGCAUCACAUGAGACAAAUCAGGUUGAACAUAGUAAAAAGUACGUACAAAACUUGGUCGAAAGUUUUCCUACUUAGCAACAAUAGUAUCACUUCUGUAAUAACUAUGACGCUCAAAAUAAGAAAAUAAAUAGACGUCUAAGUGAAAAAAUCUUCAAUUACGUAUUUACGUUCCACUCGGGAGAUUUACUCUGUAAGUUAUCUAGUUGUA